CAGUGAGCGGUGGAGCUGGGAGGUUGUUGUUGUUGUGCCUCUCUGGUGUGUCAGUGCUCGGGCGAGUUAUCAAUAAGUGUAGUGCAACUAAAAUAAUGUGACCACUGCGGUGAUAACUAUGGUUGAUAAUACUCUUGUUGAAGGUGCACUCAAAUACCGGGAUGGCAAGAAGUGGAAGCAACGCUGGGCUGUGCUGGACAAGAUGUCUCCUGUGGCAGAUGUGUUGCAGCUGCAGUUGUACCGAGACAGUCGUGACCGGGCGAAAGGCGCAGCUACUAAAGCAUCGCUGGCACUACAGAACGUCCUGGCACUAGAAACUGGAUUCACCCUAGACAAGGAGAGCCACACAUUGGGUCUGCUGUGUAAGGAUGUCACCCUGGUGGUGGCCUUCGAUACCCGGGAGCGGAUGUUGCAAUGGCAGGUCAAAAUGACCUCAACGCUUGGCGAAGAGCAACAGUUCCUGGUGCAGGUACUUCAGGUUCCUGCUCGGUCACGGGUAGCAGCGGGUCCAGCCAGGCUACACGUCAGGGACCAUCGUUUCUGUCUCACCACUGCUAACCCCCCGCGGCUGCUGGCCGCCUGGUCUACCCACGACCUCAGGAGGUAUGGCGUGGUGGACGGGCGUGUAGUGUGGGAGGGCGGGACGAGGUGUGGGCGCUGGACGGGUGUACACGUGGCUCUCUCUGACAAUCCCCACGCCGUCACCCACGCCAUCGACCAGGCUGCCCGCGGCCUGCUAGCCCUACCCAGGGGCAGACCCUCCACCAGCACAGGGUCGCGAGCAGAGAGCCGCACAGAGAUGUCGUGGCUGCGGGAGGUCAGCGUGAUGGACUUGAGCAGUGAGACUGUAUCGUUGGCGGCGUCGGAGGCCACGGCAACGGCGACGUCUCCCCGUGACACAGUGCCAGAACACAGUGACGCACACUACACUGAUGCUCACUCCAUAGCCUGGCCUCCCUGGAGCCGCCGCGCCUCCUGCCAGAGUCAGUCAGUUGUGGGGUGUUCCACCGUCAGCAGUUCCGGUCCCCACCUGUGUACCCACGAGGGUGAGGAGGGCACCUGGUGGGCAUCCACUUGGGCGCGGGGGUCGUGGGAGGGCGUGGCUGCUCCCUCGCCUACGCCAGAAUCCUUGUACGACCACCCGCGCCCUCUUGGUCACUUGCAGCAUUCGGGGCAUCAGCCAUGCUGCCUCGCCCAGCACCCGCCCCACCAUGCUGCCUCACAGCAGCAGCAGCCAGACAGCGGCAGCCACUUCAGCAGUCCUCCUCGGGUGGCACUUAACCCGCUGGAUAACUACGACAUCCCUCCCCCGCCCAGGGUGCCGCCGCCUGCCGCCCACUACGACACUCCACGUCGUCUAGUCAUGUGCGACUCCGGCACCACACUGGCGCCGGACGCCGCCAGUCAGGCAGGAGACACCGGCGAGGGUGUAGCUCCGGCCACAGGUGUGUGGUGUGAGGGAGGCAUCAUCUCUGUGGCGCCCGGCUGUGGCCAGAUGCUGGGGUGGGCUGGGUCACUGGUGUGUGGUCGCAGGGAGGACGGUGACGCUCCGUCUGAACAACUGAGAGUAGACGGACACGGACGGAUGCCCGUGGUAGACGCCAACACCGGCACCAUUUUGAGACAUCCGCCUCCACCACCUACUCCGCCAAACAGCAAUCAGCCGUCGCAAGAAACUGCGAUAUAUGCUGUUGUAAACAAGAGGAAAAAAACAGGGAAGCCUCGGGCACCCACUCCGCCGCCCACACCUCCUCCCACACCCCCACCUCGCCGCCACGAAGUUAUCCCCAGCACACAUGCCAACUACGCGAACUUGGAGUUUGCUGCAAGUCUUGCUCUUUAUGAGAACGUCCGGGACAUUAAGACGGCAACCAAUUCCACACAGGCUGGUGCUGCUGUCCAUACCCAGUCUUCUACACACACGAGUUGCGGACAGCCCUCUGUCUCCCUCACCAUCACCACCACUACCACCACCACUGCCGCCGCCACCAUCACCACCAUCUCGGCGCUACCAGAGACUCAAGGUGGGCAGGUAGCACCACGUCUCUCACCUACCUCGCCGUCCACACUGGAGCCCGCCACCAUACCUUCCACCGGUGGCUCUGGUAGCGACACUGAGAACCACUAUUUGGCUAUGGUGCCCCGGUUACCCUCAGACCCACACUACCUCCCUAUGGGGCCUACGUUGCCCGCCGCCGCUCUCGUGCCUUGUGAAUCUCUAACACAAGAUAAGGACGAAGCCAAGACCACUCCUGUCAAGGAUCGAAGUAGAUCUUUGAGUAUCACGGAGAGUCGCUACGGACGAUCACAGUCGGUAGCGCCUACCCAUCGUUACAUGUCCCUAGCGCCGCGACGUUCAACUUCUGCAGAUUCCAGGCCUCGAGAGGCGUGGCCAUCGUCGCCAGCGACCACGCCCACUGCCACGCCAACCCGUCGACAAACCAUCACCUCCUCUCUACGUAGACGAGAGAACCGUCUUAAUUCUGAGGCUGCGACAGAUAGUGGGUGUGACCUGCGACAUGACAGUGUUGAGACAGACGGGGUGACAGUAACCCCAGACCAGAGUGUAUGUACAGACGUGGAGGUCACCCCUAGACCAGACGUAGUCACUGUCACUGCCAGAGACCUGGUAGGAGAGGGAAUAUGCAUCCUGCGGCGCUCGUCUUCAGUACCUGGAAAACCCCCGGCCAACAGAGACUCUGCCUCCAGCAGCGACUCUGGCGUGUGCGAGUCCCCAAGGGCCGUGGAUCGUCUUCUCACCUCCCACUGUCUGCAUGCGUCCCUCCCUCGUUCUCGACGUGUCCAUCAUUCCAGUAACAACACUGCCAACACACAUUCAGGUGUGGCGGCAUCGUGUCAGGAGCUUGGCGUUGGUGGCAGUGGUAGUGGCGGUGGCGGCAGCAGCAGCGGCAGCGGUGACGCCAAGUCCACUUCCUCUGGCGCUUCCGACAUGAGUGACUACCUCGACACCCUCAGCUUGUCCUCCUCACAUUCCUCCUCAGACCACGACCGACUGUUGGCUCGAUCCUCCGUCAACACGCUGCGGCCUCGCUCGGGCCGGGAGUAUACCAGACUCGACCGUCACGGCCUCUGUCAGGACACCAAGACACUACCAGUGCUGGGUGAAGCGCCGCCACACUGAGCUGUUGCUGCCUACGCUGUCAGCUGGUGCUAAGAAGUGGUGCUGCUGCCCACAGUGCCGGCUGUUGGUGCCUAUGGUAUCAGCUGGUGCCAAAGGUAGUUCUAGUGACCACUGGGUCAGCUGGAAGCCUUACCUUGCUCCACUACGUUCAUCGUCUAGUUUCUUCCAAUGGCUCUGCCAACGUCCCUACUAACAUGAUUCAUAGGAGAAAUUAUUAUGCAAUAUUUUAUCCAUUCCCUUCUUGUUUUUGUUAUAUACGAGUUUUUGUUAAAUGUACAAAGCUUUGUGAUAUGUUAUCUAGUUAUUAUAGCGCUCGGAGCAGCAAGCAGAAAGCGGUGACUGGAGCUUCUAGUCAAAGUGGGCUGGUGAUGGGCAUGUAUGUGGACAUAGCUAACCCAUGCCAACAGGCGCCCACGCCACUCUGUGGGCAUGUGUGAUGUGUUUGUGGGCAGCUAGCGCCCAUGCCCAUGCACCCAUAAGGUGCCCUUAGAAAUAGAUGUGUGGGAGAAGGAACGACUGCAGAAGUGCUAUGGGUUAGUGUGCUGAGCGAGGCAGCAGGGAGGUGCGUCCCAGCUCUGAACAUCUUGCUGGGUGUGGCUACUACGUCCAACAGAUUUAAUGUACAUCAUAUACUCUUUCUGAUAAGAACUCAGCAUGUGAGGGGUAAAGAAACAGACACCGAUUUCUUUGCUUCACUGUAAGGGGACGUAGCGCUUUUAAAAAUCAAACUGGGAACAUUAGAUAAGCGAUAUGUCCCACUGAAGACCAUGCAGGUCGAAUUCACCUGGAUUCCGCCCACAAUGGUUCACAAUGAAACUUAUAAUGACCCAUAAUUCAUUUGGUGUUCAUUCUUUUGGGUCUUGUUUGGUUGAGCAGACAUUGUGCCCCGUGCACCACACUCGCCACAGCCCAAGUCGUGUCCCUCAGCGCCUCCCAAAACAACUUAAUGUAUAUUGAAUGCUAAAAACGUGCGAGAUGAUUUGUAUGUAUUUAAUAAAAUAUUUUUACAA